GACAACAAAGACAUUGCUGACCGCUAUUCAGUCUCUAACAAAGACACAAGAAAGAAGAGAUGUACUUAGGAGGGGAUCGACCGAGAUGGCUCAUCGUAGGAGGUAUUCUGCUCGCUGUGGCUGCCUUCAUGUACGGCCUUUACCAUUGGUGCAUUAAGGAGCGGUGGAUACGCGUUGGCAAAUUGGAGGUCCUCAAUAUCUUCCCCCUCAAGUCGGGGCCCCCCAUAGCAAUCGGUAGCGCCGAGUGCACGUUCUUCGGUCUCAGAUACCGGAAUGUAACAGACAGAAUGUUUGUAGUAUUCGACGAGGAAAGAAGAGUGCUUACCGCAAGAACUUGCCCGAACUUGCUGAAUAUCAAAAUGGAGAUUUUUGGCACCCAGGGAAUCGCCCAGUUUGUAUCUUCUUCCGGAAGGGAUCCCUUCAAGAUAAAGAUGAAUACCAUCCGUUCGAUGAAGAUUACAUAUAUACGUAUGGAUUUCCCUACAACGAGACCCGAAAUCAUUGAAACUCGAGACUGCGGCGACGACGCGGCAGAAUGGAUAUCCCUGGAAUUGAAUAGACCCGGACUCCGACUUGGGUCCUGGUCACAUGGAUUUAGAAGGCACAUCACAUUCGCCAGGCAGAGGGAACGCGAUGUCUUUAUAAUUAAUAACAGCAAUGCGGGAGCGUACUCGGAUAUGAGCAGUUAUAACCUGCUCAACAAAGCCUCGUUAGAAGAUCUGCAGGAACGGCUGGGCCCGAACAAUAAGGUGAGCUCGGACAACUUCCGAGCCAACAUCAUCAUUCAUCAGGCUCCACCCUUCGCCGAAGACAACUGGGUGAAGAUGAAGAUCGGAAAAGUCAUCUUCAGGAUCGUUAAGCCCUGCGUCAGAUGUAUGAUGGUCACUAUCAAUCCGUCUACUUUGGUAGAACACCCCGAUUCGGAACCUCUAACAACAUUAAAAACAUACCGAAAGCUAGAGCACGCCGCCCAGCGGGAGAUCGAGGGAGAUAGUCCCAUCAUGGGUAUCCACAUGGGACUCGUAUGGCCAGGGAGCUUGAUGACGGGUGAGAAGGUCUACGCAUGGGGUACCCCGCCGUUGGGAAAACUACUCAAUAGGAUUCAGGAGUCCUGAUGGAUCUUUUAGCGGCUAUAUGUUGGAAAUUGUUUUUAUAUAUAUAUGUAUAUUUUAUUUUUAUAAAUUUUAAUAAAAUGUUUUUAUAAAGAAAAGAAUAUAUGAAUAAAUUAAUGUUUUAUAUUGUUU